UUAUGUACCUAAAGUUAAAUCAUCAAUUUUCCUCAGCUCCAAUUUAACAAAGGAUUCCCUACCAUCACCAUCUUCUAACCUAAAAUCUAAAACCAAAUUGUCUUCACAUAAUAAUCUUGAAUUGUCUUCUUUUUCUGCUUCAAAAAACUCAACAGAAAAGAAUAAUUUAGAUCCCAAGAAUGGGUAACGCUAUAAGAUUGUUGUAUGGUCAUUGCUGCAAACCUUCAGCAGAUUCUGAUUCCCUUGGCCAUCAUGGCUCCGCGCCCGGUGUUUCAGCUCUAGCACAGGAUCUCUACAACUUUGAAAUCACCUCCCAGGUUCCUCAAGGACUGAGUAAGCACGUUGUAUCAUCCAAGAAGGCUCAAGCUAACUGGUAUAAGAAACUUUCAGACUCAUGGAGAGAAACAAAGCCUCCCCCUAAAACACCUGAAGAAGCCUCAAGGCUUGUUAUCCAGACCUUGAAGAGACAUCAGAAAGCAGAUGUUGAGGGGUUACUGGCUUUCUAUGGUCUUCCACUUCCUCACUCCCUAGUAGAACUAACUACUGAUGGUGCUCCUCCAUCACACCCACAUGGACUCAAGUUUGAAUUGCAUACUCUCCCCGUUGAUGCAAAGGCUGUGGCAGAUGGAGAUACGGUGACUGUAUAUGUUAGUGCAACAGAACCUAGAGAGUCAUCGUGUCUCCCAAGAGACGUGCAAGCUGCGGCAGUUCAAAGAUCAAAAGCACGGGCUCAGAAGAAUUAUCCGAAGGCAGAUGAACUGCACAAAAAGAUCAUAGAUUCAGGAUACAGGGUGAUACCAGUGAAUCAUGACGAAGUUCUUGCUCGAAAAUAUAGGAUCAGAUUAAGGGGAAUAGAUGCACCAGAAAGUGCAAUGCCAUAUGGUAAAGAGGCCAAGGAAGAACUGACUAAAGUUGUUCAGGGUAAGAGUUUAAGGGUCUUAGUUUUUGACGAGGAUCGUUAUGGCCGCUGUGUAGGGGAUAUAUACUGUAAUGGCAUAUUUGCACAGGAAGUCAUGCUGAAGAAGGGCUUGGCCUGGCACUAUACCGCGUAUGACAAGCGUCCAGAGUUAGAAAAGUGGGAGAAAGAUGCUCGAGCAAAACGAAUAGGCUUGUGGGCAGCCAGAAAUCCUGAAAUGCCAUGGGAGUGGAGGAAACAGAAACGUGAAAACCAACGUUCCUGAAUAACAACGGCUUCAACAAAGCUAUGGUUUUCCUGGAGAAUAAUUGCUCCAACAAAGCUAAGGCAUAAGGAAGCCACAGUAACAUCAUGUUCAAUUCUCAAACCAGAUUCAAUUGUUUUUAUAUAGAUGAGGUGCAAUGGAGAUGCCACAUGCUCCUAGUAAUUUAAUUCCAAGGAAGCAAUGUUAUUGUGCAUCCCUGGUUGUAUAUGUAUAUUUCCUUCUCGUCAGUACCGUCAGAACGUUUUCCUCUUUUUUUUUUUAA